CAAUUCCCACAUUUAUUGUGAUAUUCUCUCUCUCUCUCUCUCUCUCUCUCUCUCUCUCUCUCUCUCUCUCUCUCUCUCUCUCUCUCUCUCUCUCUCUCUCUCUCUCUCUCUCUCUCUCUCUCUCUCUCUCCCCCCCCCCCAACCCAAGUACUUUCCUCUUCUUGUUCUUUCUUUCUUUACAUAUUUACCCCUCAAAAUCCCCCCCUCCCCAACACUGUAUUCUAUCCUCGUAAUCCCCCUCCCCAACACUGUAUUCUAUCCUCGUAAUCCCCUUCCCCAACACUGUAUUCUAUCCUCGUAA